UCUCUUAUUCUUCUGCAUUUCUGUUUUCAUGUUUGCUUAAUCAUGAUCCCUCGCUAAGAUUUCAUUCCAAAAACUUUUACUUUGGUUUUUAUUAAGAGAGAUUUUGAAUUUCUUUUUUCUGUUUUUCUUAUAGACUGCAACUUUCUGGGUUUUUACAGCUUUGUUUUGGGAGAUCAUGUAAUUCAUCUGAUCUUCCUCUUAGCUUGCAAUUUUUAAAGAUGAUUUAUAAAUUUGGGGUUUCUUAAAUUUUUACUAUUUUCUUCAUUCCAUGACAAAAAAUGUGCUUAAUUUCUUCUCAUUUAUCUCUGAGAAAGUUCGAAUUUCGUGCACUGGUCUGUAAAUUUUAUAAUUGGAGAUGGUUUCUAUAUUUUAGACUCUUUCAAUGCUUUGUAGAAUUAACAGUGGAGUCAUAAAAUUUUGGUCUGCAUGUCAGUGCAUGUAAAAUAUAAAAUGCAGGUUCAGGGGGGCAUAUUAGUUUAGUUUCUCAAUUAAGUAAAUAUCAUAUUCUGCUGCUUAUGUGGAUGAUUGCUAGGGAAUUUUCAUAAAUGCUCUAUGUACAAGACAAGAUGGAUAGCAUGAUUGUUUAAAAAAUUAAUCCUUAGCCAUUCAUCGCUUCUGUUAAUCUGUCUUUGAGAAAAUUGUUUUUCUUCAGUUAUGAUCAAUUGACAUGAUCCUUAACUUUGAUUCUGCAAUUAAACAGCUGUUUAGUUUUAAAGUCCUUUCAUUAAUUUUGUCAUUCUACUUGAUCAUGUUUGGCCAUACUACGUUGCCAAGAACAAUAUCUUAUUUUUACCAUACAAGCACAAACGAGCCUCUGCGUCUUCGAUGCACGUGAUUUCUUCCCAGAUAGUCCAUUCAUUAUGCUCUAUUGAGCAUCGUAUUAUAUUGUAAACAUUGUUGGUUUAGUGUUGAUGAGAACAUUGAUGGGAAAUAAAAACUAAGAACACACAAGAAAACUCACCAUCAAAAAAAGUUUCUCUUGAAAACACACUCAAUUUUUUUACUCUACCCAGAAAUAGAAUCCAAAAUAAGUUGGUUAACGUGUAAUUUUUGAGGAUGUUUAAAUAAGACAAGCCAGUAGAACCAAAUUUCAUAUUUGUAUUUUGAGGUAGUUACACUGCUGCUAGCAUUUUCCUUUACCAGUUGGAACAAUGGUUUUGCUUGGAGAGUUUACUAGCACCAAUAAACUGUCAUAUGGAGUUAUUCCGCUGAAAAAAGUGUGAAAUAUUGUAUUAUGCAGAAAUGUGUUUUACUAUCCUGUUCAUUUUGUAGGAGAGUUAUCAUGAUCAUUACGUGUUACAAUUAAGGGAUCAUUGUACUUUAAUUUAAGUUGCAGUAUUAUAUCCAUUUCAAUUUGGAAAAUUUUGAAGGUUUCAAGGACAAUUGGAGGCAUUGGUAGAUUUUAAGUUUGUUUUGGCACUAUCUGUCACUUCUUUAGACAAGCGUGGUUCUUUGAAAGCUCUCGCAACCAUGAGUUUUGUGUUUCGAGGCUCGAGAGGAGAUAUUGAAAGUGGAUUUUCAGGCUUCAUUCCUGAAAGACCUGCAGUGCGUAUUCAUGCAGCUCGACCAGUUAACUCCAAUUCACUUGCUUUUCUUGUCACGGCAGUUCUUUUGCUGUUCAUGAUUUUAAACUCUCAUCAGAUGUCACCAAACUUCCUGCUUUGGCUGGUUGUGGGUGUCUUUUUGAUGGCCACAAGCUUGAGAAUGUAUGCAACUUGUCAACAACUUCAAGCUCAGGCACGAGCUCAUGCUGCAGCAGCCAGUGGCUUGAUGGGUCACACUGAACUGCGUUUGCAUAUGCCGCCAUCAAUAGCUUUUGCAACAAGAGGACGGUUGCAGGGACUAAGGCUCCAGCUUGCUCUUCUUGACCGUGAAUUUGAUGACUUAGAUUAUGAUACUCUUAGAGCACUGGACUCUGGUAAUGCUUCUACUACCUCAAUGACCGAGGAAGAGAUAAAUGCCUUGCCAGUUCACAAGUAUAAGGUCCCUGUUCAGGAGAAUACUAGUGCAUCUCUGCAGCAUGCUUCAUCUUCUUCAGCUCCAGCUGAGACAAAGCAAGACUCGAAAAAUGCAGAUGGGAACAUGAAAACUUCAGAAGAUGAAUUGACUUGCACUAUUUGUUUGGAGCAAGUUAACAGGGGGGAACUAGUUCGUAGCUUGCCAUGUUUGCACCAGUUUCAUACCAACUGUAUCGAUCCAUGGCUGCGGCAACAAGGCACGUGCCCAGUGUGUAAAUUUCUGAUCGGUUCCGGAUGGCAAGAAAGCAGAGAGAGUGAAUCUGAUGGGUCGGACAUGGUUUAAUGACUGCCCAAGUAAAUCAAUGAAUCUGUGUAGGAAAACUUUUCUCAUGUCUCAAUCUGUGAUUGCAUGAAAAUGAAUUUCUCUUAUGCCUGUGUAAAUAAUUUAUAGGAUGGGCUUUUAUCUAACCUUUGCUUGACCAGAGGGAAAUUUAGCUUGUAUUGCUCCCUCAUUCUUAGCUCUGCAUAUUAUGGAUUAGAAAGAAGCAAAAAUCAACUGUUGAGCAUUGAUCUGAAAGCAAAAGAAAAGUUGUGACGCGGUCACCCCUGUUGAGCAUGGCUGAUGACGAUGUUCCUGCUCAGGCGUGAUGCAUUAUGAAUCCAACCUAUCUGUAAUAUAAAACGUUUGUGAAAGUUACAUCGCUCAAAACUUUGUCAA